AUGGAUGGCACCGUUGGGGGGUCCCUGAGCGUGCGGUGCACAUACAAGCAGGAAGACAAAAACAACAGCAAAUUCUGGUGCGAAUUUCCAUGUGUGACACGACUGAGUAAGGUUGUGGAGACGUCAGAGACACAGCGAGAAGCAAGAAGGGGCCGCGUGACCAUCAGGGAUGACCCAGCAAACCUCACCUUCACCGUGACCUUGGAGAACCUCACGGAAACCGACGCGGGCACGUACUGGUGUGGGGUCUCACGGCCUGGAGCCAAGAGGAAUCCCCUGGCCCGGGUCGUGGUGUCAUUGUACCCAGCGCCAAAGCCAACCCAGGAAAAAUCCAACACAAGGAUGCAGACCCCGCCAUGGGCCACCGAAAGGACUUCUGUGUGGUUCACUCCAGCAACAAGGCCUGGGUGCCUGCUUGGCUGCGCCCCCUUCCUGCUCCUCAUCCUCGCGAAGGUGCCCCUGCUGCUGGGCGUGCUGGGGUCUGUCCUCUGGGGGAGACGGCGCCCAAGGGGCCUUCAGGGAGCCGCCCCCGGCAGCCUGGCCUAG